UUUAGGGUUCUUAAAAUUUAUUAGAACCAAUUCAAAGAAAUGACAUCGUAGUAAUAUCUAAAUUGACAUCAUAAAUUUUAUUAUUUAUCACAAAAUGUUUUGAUUUCGUUACUUUUAACACAAACCGACAACAGCGCCUGGUUGAUUGUAAAACUUCAUUAGAAUUUAACCGCGUUGUAUAUAACACAAUUAUGCGUUAAAAUUUUAAGCUGAAAAAAAGAUUGUAAUUUUUGUUUAUUUAUAAGAACGAAAAAACACCACGCCAUUCAUUUUUAUAUACGUCCAAUUAAAUUUGCAGAUAAAAUUUAGGGUUCAUAAAUUUUAUUAGAACCAAUUCAAACGAAUGACAUCGUAGUUAUAUCUAAAUUGACAUCAUAAAUUUUAUUAUUUUAUUAUUUUUUUCAAACCAAUUCGAACCCACAUAAAAUGCAUUUAUCACAAAAUGUUUUGAUUUCGUUACUUUUAACACAAACCGACAACAGCGCCUGGUUGAUUGUAAAACUUCAUUAGAAUUUAACCGCGUUGUAUACAACACAAUUAUGCAUUAAAAUUUUAAGCUGAAAAAAAGAUUGUAAUUUUUGUUUAUUUAUAAAAAAAAUUUGGAUCGCAUCUUUAUUUUGACUGCGUCUAAUUUUGUUGACCGGUAUACGUGACGCAGAGUAUUUUAUGAUUUAUUUUCGUCGCAAGUCAAAUGAACGGUAGGUAAUUUUAAUUUUAGUCUAUUCCAAUUUAAUUCACGACGACGAAUCGUUUAUAUGCGUGCUAUAUUUGCAUAAAAAUAUUUUACGUGCUUAAUAUCGACCCAUUUUGCUGGAAAUUGUCGAAAAAUAAUACAUGACUCAUUGGUGAAAUCAAAUGUCAGAUAGCAUCCAAGAUUUCUUCUUUAUCGAUAAACAACGCGGGAAAUUAUGACAUUACAUAAUUCUUUGUAGUUGUUUAUAAAUAUGUGUGAUGGUGUGUAGAUUUUUAAAAACAAAAUUAGUGAAGGUGAUCGUUGAAUAAACCUGUUUUGUGUCGAAUAGUUUAUUGUAAUAAAAAAUUAAAUUCUCCUCGUAACUGACAAUGCUACGAACCCCUCUCAACUUCUGAAAUUAAAAAUUACAAGAAACCCGCAUUUUUCUUAAAAUCGUACCACUCGGUCUGUUAUUGAUGACCGGUUACGGGAAUUUAAUUCGUUUUAGUCACUACCAAAACCAUCAAAUCGGAAAAGAUCCUUACCUCCGGACGCGAAAUAUAAAUCAAAUAAAAAUAUUAUAUACGAUACCGAUUAAUUGAUUUAUAAAUAAUUGUAAUAGAAAACAUGGAGAGUGGUAAAAAGGAAGCGCCUUUAGCUACUUUAUCGACGGUGGCUCCAUCUCUAGAAUCCAGCCCGAUAAAACGCGAAGAAAUCGUUCUCACGGAACCGAUCGAAAAACCGGAAGUUACGUUCAUAACUAACAGUCUAUCAUCGACAUCCUCCUCUUCGGAAUCCGAUUCCGAGGAAGACGAAGUUAAACCGAAGAUACCCGAUGGCGGUUGGGGUUGGAUUGUAGUAUUUUCUUCUUUAUUGGUAUCGAUGAUAGCCGAUGGGGUUAGUUUAUCAUUCGGUUUAUUAUUUCCGGAAUUUUUGAUUGAAUUUAAAGCGUCCAGUUCGGAUACGUCUUGGAUAGGCAGUUUGUUUUUGGCGGUACCUUUAAUUUCCGGUCCGAUUAUGAGCGCUCUGGUCGACAAAUACGGAUGUCGGAUCAUGACGUGCGUAGGAGGUUCAGUGGCGGCGCUGGGAUUCAUUAUGAGUUGCAGGGCCGAUUCUAUUUCUAUUAUGUAUCUGACGUUUGGCAUACUGGCCGGUUUGGGAUUGGGGCUUUGCUACGUGACGGCUGUUGUUUCGAUAGCGUUUUGGUUCGAUAAGAAGAGGACUUUGGCUGUUGGUAUAAGCGCAUCGGGAACCGGAGUGGGAACUUUCAUAUUUUCCCCCUUGACUAAUUUGCUUAUUUUCGAAUUCGGUUGGAGAGGUACCACCUUGAUUCUGGGAGGGUUAUUUUUGAAUAUGUGCGUCUGUGGAGCUUUGAUGAGAGAUCCUGAUUGGAUAACGGAACAAAAUAAGGUAAACUCGAAAUUAUCCAAAUCUAGUAAAUCGAGUAAAACAAGUUUGAUAUCGUUGUCAUCGACGAAUUUUUUGAAUAACCUCGAUAUAGAAGAACUGAAAGACGUAUUAAAGAGCGGAAAAAACGUCGAAUAUCUUUUACAAGGCUUAGAAACUUCCAUAGAAUCGAAUAACGUGGAUAAAUCAGUUCUAAAAAACAAUCAUAAUUCAGUUUUGAAUCUACCCACGUAUAUACGUCAAAAUGAGAAAGUGCCUAUAGAAGUAUUAGAACAACUCAGUUCGAAUAAAAAGUUAUAUAAUGUUAUAUUGGAAAAUUUUCCAAGUUUAUUAUUAACAAGGAGUACGUCCGAUAAAGGAUUAAAUAAAUUAGCAGAAGACGCUUCACUUAUUGAGAGAGUACCGAUCACGAUGUGUAUGACGUUAAAAAAAGAAGAAAAAACUGCAAAAAAACUGGAUAGUGUGAAAAACGGGAAGGAUGUAGAAGCACAGGAACCGUUAUUGAUCGAAAAAUCAUCGAAAAAAUUUAGCGGAUUGUCCAAAGUACCGACAGUACCGAAAUUGAAAGCGCAAUUAAAUCAAGCGCAAAGACAAAAUUAUUUUAAAAAUUUAAAAUUGCACAGACAAUCGUUAAUACAUCGAGGAGCGAUAUUCAACAAUAACAAAUAUCGAUUUAAAGCUUCCAGCUGCCCGAAUAUAUACAGAGUGUCCACGUUAACUUUGAAAAAGAGUGACGACGAGAAAUGGUACGAUGAACUACUAGACUUGGUGAAGGGAAUAUGCGAUUUUUCGUUGUUCUUAGAACUACAUUUUUUCUUGCUGUCCCUGUCGACCAUAACACUUUUUGUUUGGUUUAUAGUGCCGUAUUUUUAUUUGGUGGAACAUAUGACAAAGCACGGAUAUACUAACGAAGACGCGUCUCUUACUAUAUCCAACAUAGGUAUCACCAAUACCAUCGGAAUGAUCGCUUUAGGAUGGGCAGGAGAUCAACCGUGGAUGAACAUAACGAAAACUUACGCUGUAUGCUUGAUACUAACCGGCGUAUCGUGCGCCGGUUUGAUGUUUUUCACGCAAAAUUUCAUCUUGCUCGAAAUGUGCGCUGCGCUUUUCGGCGUUUUCGUCGCCAGUACCUACUCGUUCACUCCCGGAAUAAUAGUUGAAUUGGUACCGCUAGAUCGGUUCACCACCGCGUACGGCCUCCAACUUCUCUGUAUGGGUAUCGGACUUUUGGUAGGCCCCCCGUACGCGGGGCAUUUGUACGACGUGACCAACAGUUGGGAACAAGCUUUUUACCAAUCGUCCGUUUGGAUCAUAAUAUCGGGUCUGAUGGUAGCUUUAAUUCCGUUCACGAAAAAUAGGAAAAUAUUGGGAAAAGGACCGGUGGAAAAAGUUAUCGAGGAUUCUAAAGACGUUAUUUGGAUCACUAUUUUGUUAAUCUGUAUAUUUUUAAUUUUACUCGUACCUCUUAUGUAUUUCACAAUCGUUACUAUUAUAUAAUUAUUUCUAUAAAUAAAUGAAAAUAAUCAAAUCGAGUAUUAUUUGUUACUCCCCCGUAUCAUCAAAAAAAUUUACGAUAUAAAAUAUAUCGAACAAAACAAAAUAAUUCGCCUUAUAUAUAGGCAGUUUACAAUACAUCACCACGGAUAUUGUUACUAUUAGAUAUGCAAAUAUCUAUAUUAUUAAUGGAAUGUAUGCAACCACCAUUACGAUCAGGUAGUUCUGUGGUUUUAACUGUGAGACGAAAAUUAUUUACAACUGACACUGACAUUGAACCAUAUCUAACGAAUUAAAAAAUCAAUAGUUAUGUAUCUUUAUCUCUUUUUUUUUUCAUUCUUGUUCCAAGUAUUUUUUCAUGCUUCUAAAUGUUCAUGAUUUUACGUCUCUAGAGAUUUGAAAUUUGUUUCUUUUAUAAUUUUUUAGACAGAUGAAAAUUUGACGUUUCAUCUUCUCUAUUAAAGGGUUUCUAAAAUGGAUGAGGUGGUAGCGUCUAGGAUUGUUGAUUGCGCGCCCCGGGUUCGAUUCUCGCCCGCGUUAUUUUUUUUUUUUCAAUUUUUUCGUUUUUUUAUACAUUUUUUUUUUCAAUAUAUACAUUCUAACAUUAAUUAUAUAGAGUUUUCUUGUAUUUUUUCUUUGUAAAAUUACUUUUCGACUGAAAUUUCGCAUAUUAAGUACGCGCAUUUCAAAAUCGACAAUUUUUUUCACUUGAUACUUGUUAUAAGUCAUACUGGGCAAUAUAAAAAGAAACAGCUGAUCUACAUGAAAAUGACGGCCGUGUGGUAAAUAAUAGACUUUCUCGUUUGUAGACUUUUCGGCUUCAAAUUUUGUUUGUUUGUUUUAUUUUGCAUCUGGUAAAGUUGAAAUAAGCCUGCUAGUAAAGGUGAAACGAAAAAACCAUCUUUACUCCAGAAGGUAAACAAUAAAAGACUAAAACUUAAGGAUAUGAAUAAACUAUGAGAAGCCCCCUGUAUACCGCUUACCUACACCAAGCAAAACACUGCAAAGUGGAAAAAGAAAAUAACAAAGCACGUUCCGGAUAGAAAUUUCGUACUUUUUCACGUAGUAAUUCUUUAAGAAGCUAUCUCACAAUAAAACUGAAAAUAAUAAAUAAUAACUUCACAAAAAACAACAGAAAGUUACGACAAAAUCAUUUAAUCACCCCCACAGCGGCCAUUUUAAAAUGGUUAUCAGCUGAAUUUGACAAUUCGUUAGAUUGCACUAAUGAAAAGUAGCUGAAUUCAUAUUAUGUAUUAUUCUUCUUUUUUCUUGAAAAUAGGACACGCCUACUUGCGUAUGCGUUUAUAAACAUCGAAUUUAAAGUCUAAUAAAUUGAUAAUUAUGAUAAAUUUGAAUAGUGACUUAAGUAUUAAUUUAUCAACG